CGCUCGCGGGCAUCACUCAGCCGCCCCCCCCCCCCGCUCCGCGUCCGCCGCCUCGACUUUCUCUCUUCCCCCCGCUAGGCUCGGGGCGACGCCCGCGUGGAUGGGAUGGAAGCAGGACCCUCGGGAGCAGCAACCGCUGCAGGCACUUACCUGCCACCCCUGCAGCAGGUAUUUCAAGCUCCUCGCCGGCCCGGGAUAGGAACUGUCGGGAAGCCAAUCAAACUCUUGGCCAACUACUUUGAAGUAGACAUUCCCAAGAUUGACGUCUAUCACUAUGAAGUUGACAUCAAGCCAGACAAGUGCCCACGCAGAGUCAACAGGGAGGUUGUGGAAUAUAUGGUACAACACUUCAAACCUCAAAUCUUUGGAGAUCGGAAGCCGGUGUACGAUGGGAAAAAGAACAUCUAUACUGUCACUGCCCUGCCCAUUGGCAAUGAAAGGGUUGACUUUGAGGUGACAAUUCCAGGGGAAGGCAAAGACAGGAUAUUCAAGGUUUCAAUCAAGUGGAUGGCCAUUGUGAGCUGGCGGAUGCUUCACGAGGCCCUGGUGAGCGGGCAGAUUCCUGUUCCGCUGGAAUCUGUCCAAGCCCUUGAUGUUGCAAUGAGGCACCUUGCCUCCAUGAGGUACACGCCAGUGGGCCGUUCCUUCUUCUCUCCCCCUGAAGGAUACUAUCACCCACUGGGAGGUGGUCGGGAGGUCUGGUUUGGGUUCCACCAGUCUGUCAGGCCCGCUAUGUGGAAGAUGAUGCUGAAUAUUGAUGUAUCAGCGACAGCCUUCUACAAGGCGCAGCCAGUGAUUGAGUUCAUGUGUGAGGUGCUGGACAUCCGGAACAUUGAUGAGCAGCCGAAGCCCCUGACUGAUUCUCAGAGAGUCCGUUUCACCAAGGAGAUCAAAGGUUUGAAAGUGGAGGUGACUCACUGUGGGCAGAUGAAAAGGAAAUACCGUGUGUGCAAUGUUACUCGGAGGCCGGCUAGCCACCAAACGUUUCCUCUCCAGCUGGAGAGCGGUCAAACGGUGGAGUGCACUGUAGCGCAGUACUUCAAGCAGAAAUACAACCUCCAGCUCAAGUACCCCCACUUGCCGUGUCUUCAAGUCGGUCAAGAGCAGAAGCACACAUAUCUACCUCUGGAGGUAUGUAACAUUGUGGCUGGCCAGCGGUGCAUUAAGAAACUAACGGACAAUCAGACCUCCACCAUGAUCAAAGCAACAGCGAGGUCUGCCCCGGAUAGGCAAGAGGAAAUUAGCCGGCUGAUGAAGAACGCCAGUUAUAACCUGGACCCAUACAUACAGGAGUUUGGCAUAAAGGUGAAGGAUGACAUGACUGAAGUGACUGGGCGUGUCCUGCCAGCCCCAAUUUUACAGUAUGGAGGACGGAACCGUGCCAUCGCCACACCCAACCAAGGGGUAUGGGACAUGAGGGGGAAGCAGUUCUACAAUGGCAUUGAGAUCAAAGUCUGGGCCAUAGCCUGUUUCGCCCCCCAGAAGCAAUGCAGGGAAGAAGUUCUGAAGAACUUUACAGACCAGCUGCGCAAGAUCUCCAAGGAUGCAGGGAUGCCAAUCCAGGGCCAGCCAUGUUUCUGCAAAUAUGCACAAGGUGCAGACAGUGUGGAGCCCAUGUUCCGUCACCUUAAGAACACCUAUUCGGGGCUCCAGCUCAUCAUAGUCAUCCUGCCAGGGAAGACGCCGGUGUAUGCGGAGGUAAAGCGUGUGGGGGACACGCUCCUGGGGAUGGCUACCCAGUGCGUGCAGGUCAAGAAUGUUGUGAAGACAUCGCCACAGACUCUUUCCAACCUCUGCCUCAAGAUCAAUGUCAAGCUUGGCGGGAUCAACAACAUCCUGGUGCCUCACCAGCGGUCUGCUGUCUUUCAGCAGCCAGUCAUAUUCCUUGGAGCUGAUGUGACUCAUCCCCCAGCAGGAGAUGGAAAGAAGCCUUCCAUAACAGCUGUGGUGGGCAGUAUGGAUGCCCACCCAAGUCGUUACUGUGCCACCGUGCGGGUUCAGCGGCCCCGGCAGGAGAUCAUAGAGGACCUGUCGUACAUGGUGAGAGAGCUCCUCAUCCAGUUUUACAAGUCCACUCGCUUCAAACCCACCCGCAUAAUCUUCUACCGUGAUGGAGUGCCGGAGGGACAGCUCCCACAGAUCCUUCAUUAUGAGCUCCUGGCCAUCCGUGACGCCUGCAUCAAAUUGGAGAAGGACUACCAGCCAGGCAUUACUUACAUUGUUGUGCAGAAACGACACCACACUCGCCUCUUCUGUGCGGAUAAGAAUGAGAGGAUCGGUAAAAGUGGGAACAUUCCAGCAGGAACAACAGUGGAUACAAACAUUACUCAUCCCUUUGAGUUUGACUUCUACCUGUGUAGUCAUGCUGGCAUUCAGGGUACAAGCAGACCUUCCCAUUAUUACGUUCUUUGGGAUGACAACCGGUUUACAGCGGAUGAGCUUCAGAUUCUCACCUACCAGCUUUGCCACACUUACGUACGCUGCACUCGCUCAGUCUCUAUCCCAGCACCAGCAUACUAUGCCCGCUUGGUGGCAUUUCGGGCGCGAUAUCACCUUGUGGACAAAGAGCAUGACAGCGGAGAAGGCAGUCACAUAUCUGGUCAGAGUAAUGGUCGAGACCCUCAGGCCCUCGCCAAGGCCGUACAAGUUCAUCAGGACACUUUACGUACCAUGUACUUUGCUUGAAAGUAUAACUUUUUUUUACCUCACUCCAGAAAGCUUUCAGAUUUGUAGGAGCCAUAAUUUAAAAAAGAGGAAGCAUUGGGAGCACCUUGUGGGCAUCCAAUGAGAAAUCACUGCAGGGCGCAGAUGGCGUUGGAGGCAGGAAACCAGCAUCCUCUGGAAUGAAUGCAGGAGAGCCACUUAACCGGAUGAACACACCUUUGUAGUCUUUGUUUUUCAGGCUUUCUAGUUACCUGACCAAACACACUAAGUAUUUAAACCAAGGAAGAGAUCUGACUUCCUGUUAAGAAAAAAAAACCAAAACGGUUUUCAUUAUUGGGACGGGGCAGGGGGGGGGACACGCAAUAUUAGACUUUUUUGACUGUGAAAUAACUGUUUUGGUUCUCCAAUGCCAAAUCAAACGCUGGUAAGAUUUUUGUUUGUUAUUGUUUGGGAUGGGUGGGGGAAAUGGGAUUUGUAGAGCCUUAAAACAGAUGACUAGAUUUAUAAAAACUAAUAUUUUAGGAUACAAGAUGCUUUAAUUGGUGAAGAAGAAGAAGAAAAAGCCAGUAGUUUAUAGAUUAAUUUUAACACUCUUACCCUUCCCUAUGAAGAAUUUUUCUCCCCUUUAUAUAUUAUAAUAAUAAUAAUAAAUAA